ACUCCCAAUUUAAGCAUUUAUUCCACUGGGAUAGAGGAGGCUAGAGCAGCGCUGGCACCAAAAAAUCAUGGCUGGGAUUGUAUAUUUCACCGUCUUUUCUCUUCUCUUUGGGAUUUGCGAGGGGGUCACCGGCUCUCGGGUAUAUCCAGCCAACGAAGUUACCCUGUUGGAUUCCAGAUCAGUUCAGGGUGAGCUUGGGUGGAUAGCAAGCCCUUUGGAAGGAGGGUGGGAGGAAGUGAGUAUCAUGGAUGAGAAAAAUACUCCAAUCCGCACUUAUCAAGUCUGCAAUGUGAUGGAACCAAGUCAGAACAAUUGGUUACGAACUGAUUGGAUUCCCCGAGAAGGGGCUCAGAGGGUUUAUAUUGAAAUCAAGUUCACACUCAGAGACUGCAAUAGCCUGCCAGGUGUCAUGGGGACUUGCAAAGAGACUUUUAACCUUUACUACUACGAAUCAAGCAACGAUAAGGAACGCUUUAUUCGAGAGAGCCAAUUUGCCAAGAUUGACACUAUUGCUGCUGAUGAGAGCUUCACUCAGGUGGACAUUGGUGACAGGAUCAUGAAACUCAAUACAGAGAUACGUGAUGUGGGACCCUUGAGCAAGAAAGGAUUUUAUCUGGCUUUCCAGGAUGUAGGUGCUUGCAUUGCCUUGGUGUCUGUCCGCGUUUUUUACAAGAAGUGCCCACUGACGGUUCGUAACCUGGCUCAGUUUCCAGACACGAUCACUGGGGCUGAUACAUCUUCUCUUGUGGAAGUUCGUGGCUCCUGUGUCAACAAUUCAGAAGAGAAGGAUGUGCCAAAAAUGUACUGUGGGGCAGAUGGUGAAUGGCUGGUCCCCAUUGGCAACUGCUUGUGCAACGCUGGGUAUGAAGAGCGCAAUGGAGAAUGCCAAGCUUGCAAGAUUGGAUACUAUAAGGCCCUCUCAACAGAUGUUGCCUGUGCUAAGUGUCCACCUCACAGUUUCUCCAUCUGGGAUGGCUCUACCUCCUGCACGUGCGACCCAGGCUUUUCCCGAGCAGAAAAUGAUGCUGCCUCCAUGCCCUGCACUCGUCCACCAUCUGCCCCCCAGAACCUGAUUUCCAAUGUCAAUGAAACAUCAGUCAACUUGGAAUGGAGCCCUCCGUUGAACAAAGGUGGCCGUGAGGAUGUUUCCUACAAUGUGGUGUGCAAGAGAUGUGGGGCCAAUGAUCUGAACAACUGUCGAUCGUGUGGAAGUGGUGUACACUUCAGCCCUCAGCAGAACAGUUUAAAAACCACCAAGGUUUCCAUUACUGACCUUCUGGCACACACUAACUACACCUUUGAAAUCUGGGCAGUGAAUGGAGUAUCCAAGCAAAGUCCUAAUCCAGACCAGGCUGUGUCUGUCACUGUGACAACUAACCAAGCAGCUCCGUCUCAGAUUGCUUUGAUCCAAGCUAAAGAAAUAACAAGACACAGCGUGGCAUUGGCUUGGCUGGAACCUGACAGGCCAAAUGGAGUCAUCUUGGAAUAUGAAGUCAAAUAUUAUGAAAAGGAUCAAAAUGAGCGUAGCUACCGCAUUGUGAAAACAGCAGCCAGAAACACAGAUAUCAAGGGUUUGAAUCCCUUGACUUCAUAUGUCUUCCAUGUGAGAGCAAGGACGGCAGCUGGAUAUGGAGACUUCAGUGGUCCAUUUGAGUUCACAACCAACACAGUUCCGUCUCCAAUCAUUGGUGAAGGUACCAACCCCACCGUCCUGCUUGUCUCAGUGGCUGGCAGUGUUGUGCUUGUGGUCAUUCUCAUUGCUGCCUUUGUCAUCAGCAGGAGACGCAGCAAGUACAGUAAGGCCAAGCAAGAAGCAGAUGAGGAGAAACAUUUGAAUCAAGGUGUUAGAACAUAUGUAGAUCCUUUUACAUAUGAGGACCCCAAUCAAGCUGUACGGGAAUUUGCGAAAGAAAUUGAUGCUUCCUGUAUAAAGAUUGAAAAAGUCAUUGGCGUUGGUGAAUUUGGUGAAGUUUGCAGUGGCCGUCUCAAAGUGCCAGGGAAGAGGGAAAUCUGUGUUGCUAUCAAGACUCUCAAAGCUGGGUACACAGACAAACAAAGAAGGGACUUUCUGAGUGAGGCCAGCAUCAUGGGUCAGUUUGACCAUCCCAACAUCAUCCACCUGGAAGGGGUAGUUACUAAGUGCAAGCCUGUCAUGAUCAUAACCGAAUACAUGGAAAAUGGUUCUUUGGAUGCCUUUCUUAGGAAGAACGACGGUAGAUUUACUGUAAUCCAGUUGGUGGGAAUGCUUCGAGGCAUUGGCUCUGGAAUGAAGUAUCUGUCCGACAUGAGCUAUGUGCAUCGCGAUCUGGCUGCUCGAAACAUAUUAGUCAACAGCAACUUGGUCUGUAAAGUCUCCGACUUUGGCAUGUCCCGUGUUCUGGAAGAUGACCCUGAAGCAGCCUAUACGACUAGGGGUGGGAAGAUACCCAUCAGGUGGACAGCUCCAGAAGCUAUUGCUUACCGUAAAUUUACAUCGUCUAGUGAUGUCUGGAGUUAUGGAAUUGUAAUGUGGGAAGUGAUGUCAUAUGGAGAGAGACCUUAUUGGGAUAUGUCCAACCAAGAUGUUAUCAAAGCCAUUGAAGAAGGGUAUCGGCUGCCGCCCCCGAUGGACUGCCCUAUUGCUCUCCAUCAGCUGAUGCUGGACUGUUGGCAGAAGGAACGUAGUGACAGGCCUAAAUUUGGACAGAUUGUCAACAUGCUAGACAAACUCAUCCGCAACCCCAACAGCUUGAAGAGGACAGGCUCUGAGAGCUCCAGGCCUAAUACUGCUUUGCUGGAUCCAAGUUCUCCUGAAUUUUCAGCUGUAGUUUCUGUUGGUGAUUGGCUCCAGGCUAUUAAGAUGGAGCGAUACAAGGAUAACUUCACAGCUGCCAGCUAUACUACCCUAGAGGCUGUGGUGCAUAUGAACCAGGAUGACCUGGCAAGAAUUGGAAUUACUGCCAUUGCACACCAGAAUAAGAUUCUGAGCAGCGUCCAGGCAAUGAGGACCCAAAUGCAACAAAUGCACGGCAGAAUGGUUCCGGUUUGAGCCAGUACUGAAUAAACUCAAAACUCUUGAAAUUAGUUUACCUCAUCCAUGCACUUUAAUUGAAGAACUGCACUUUUUUUACUUCUUCUCCUCGCCGUUUGAAAUAAUAAUAAUAAUAAUUAUAAUAAUAAUGAAAGAUUUGCAGCAUUGAUAGAUAUGUAAAGAUUGCUGAGAGUGUCACGUGGAGGGAACCUACAGAAAUGACAGCUGGUCAUUGGAGAACAGACCUGGAACAAAUUUUCUUGGAAUAUACUUCUAUGUGGAUCGACAUUAUGUAAUAUACAUGUAUCUAUAUAACAUCACAUACAACUUCUGAUGCUGUGUUUGCUGCCAGAUACUGUGCUUGAACAAAUGAAAGUACUAUUGUUCUCCACAACAGCCAUUGGGAUUACAAUCAUUGUGUUUGAUCUGUGGGAUAUAGCACGGUGGUUCAUUUUUUUAAUUGGAAUGAAGAAUCUUCUGUACCAGAAAAUGUUGGCAUAAUCUGUGCAUCAAUGGUACCUUGCAGAAACCUUGAGGGAAAAUAUCCUUUGGCUUAUCAGUGCCUCUCAGUUGAAGAUUUGCCUGCCUACAAGUUGAGAAAUAGAGCAACCCACAUGGAUUACUGGAUUUGUGGAGUGGGAAGAGUUUGUAGUGUUGGCUGCUGUUGUGCCACACUGAUUCUUCUCUCUCAUUUUUGAAAACAUCUUAGUCUGCCAUUCAUAACUAUGGAUCUUCCAGACUUGCAUCCUUUUGCCCUUCUAAGAGACAUUUGAUUGUGCAACACUGAAAAGGGAAAAUGGAUCCUGCUUCUUUGGACUCAACUCUUCCUGGUGCCCAUGUUGACCUUGGAGGAUAAAAGACAGAGGUUUCCAUGCCACACUUUCCUCUGCACAAACUGUAGGGAUGGUGGACUGUGGAUAAGCAGCAUUUCUCCCUGAAGAGUUUCUCUUUGGCUUUCUUCUUUUUUAAAAACAUCUUUUGUCAGCAACAAAAACAAAGGAUUAUAAGGCCCAAGCGUGGCUCUUUCAUUGCCAUUUGAGGAAUGUACUGUAUCAAAGCCCUGCAGACUUCUCUUUCCUCACUCCAUUUAUUUAAUUUUUUCCUUUGGUGUUUUGUUCUUCAUGUCACUGCUGCAUCUGUAUGAGUUGAGGUGGCAAAGCCCUACAUCAUGGACGCCAGGCUUGGGUGCCAUCGCACAGAAGCCAGUUCACAGAAGCUGAGACUGCAUAUAUGAUCAUGAAGUGAUGCUUUACUGAUAUUGUGCCAUUGCGAUAAUAUCAAUAUUUUUUAAUAGAAUGGAAAAUAACUUAUUAUCUCUUCCAGGAUGUGUGAGAAUAUGUACGGCCUGUGUGUCUGUGUGUGUGAGAGAGAGAGCGAGAGAGUGUGUAUGCGUGCACAUGUGUGUGCUUAUGUGUUGCCAGUUGCACAGGGCCACCUGUGAACAUGCGGGGAGCAUCUCAAGAUAGCUUGACAGGUUGUGGCAGGGCUGUUGAAGUUACCAGGCCAGUAGGUGAGCUAUGCAACGGUAGCGAGAAAACACACACACUCCCUGAAUGUUACAAUUCUGUUGUAUCAAUUCAUGUAUAUGUAGCUGCCACACUAACCUUAACAAAUCGUUCUUCAGUCUAGAGCAGGACUUCUUUCACUUUAGUUGUGGAGUGUUCCAUAGUGAGUGAUCCAAAAUGGUGAUUAAGAAUUCCAUCAGUAACUGUUGUCUGGAUGAGGCCUGUUCAUUACUGAAGCAGCGGUACCUUAAAGGAAAAGCAGGCCGAGAUCACAUCUUCAUCCAUCCGCAGGUUCUUUUAAAGGGAACUAUAAAGUUGCCUUUUCUUUUUCUUUUUUUCUCCUGGAAAAAUAGGCUUUGAAAGACUUGUUGAAUGCAAACAGAAAUAUGCAAUCCUUAUCCAUCCACAGAAGCCAGUGAUUCAGUGUGCCCCCUGCAAGGACCUUGAACCCCUAAAUGAGUGCUAAGCAAAUAUAACUCUGGAUACUGUAUUUACCUGAAUCCAAGACUAGGAUUUUUCUAAGUUUGUUGUUAGAAGUUGUGGGGGCGGAGUCAUCUUAAAUUCAGAACUCUUUUCUUUUUGGAUACGUACAGGUAUAACUUGUAUUUAACCUCUAUUUUUAUAAGGGGAUUGUCUUAAAUUCAGAAUCGUCUUCUCUUCAGGCAAAUAUGGUGUUAAGUAUCCAGACUGGUUAGCUAUUAUUAAGCACCACUGAAGUCAAUGACUAUUAAAACCCUUGACUUGCAACAGGCUUUAGUUAUAACUAGGUUAGUCUGGAUGCUGCUCAGUGUUAUUUUCUCCCAAGUUAGCGAGAGGUUUGCAAAAAUGACCAUGUUCCUAGUGUAGGAAAAUUGCUAUACAAGGCUGCACUAAAGAUAGUAGUGGUAAUGACCUACUGGUCCUACCAGGAACUUUACACAGUCUGGAGAGUUCACUGCUAAUUUUCUGUAUACUGUUCUGGAGGUGAGCUGAAUGCUGGAGUCUGGGGAAUGGGCUGCUCAGCUCAGCAGUUGAUGUGCUCGACCUGCUUUCUGGCUGCUGAAGGCUCUUCCCUACUAAGAUACAGAGCAGCAGCCCAGCAAGCUGAAACAGGACAGUCAAACCAACGCAUCUUAAAGGGGAGGAAUAAAGGAAAAAAGAACGUGUAAAUAUUGCAUUGAAAACGUUCAGCAUUAAAUAGGACCCUAAAAAUGGGUCUCAGAUUUACUUUCCUUCCUUGCUUCCCUUUCUCCCUCCUUCUUUCUCAUUUUAAAGAUUAUUUUUGUUGGUCUGAUGAACACAAAAUUAAAGAUCAAUAUUCCUGGAAUUGUGUAGUUGUGUUGAUGGCAGGGCACAGCACUAAAACAGCAGCAAUACAAGACUACCCAACAACCAGAAAUGCAUACAAAACUGGCCUCCAUUUCUUUGUAUUGCAGAAGACACAUCAAUGGAACUCUCUUAACACAGCAAACCUCUGUACAUUAGAAAAUUGUUCUGCUCACAACCCCACUGGUUGAUGUUUGUCCAGGUUUCUUGCUGUAUUAACUUUGUGAUGGAUCUAUGUAUUAAAUAUAUAUAUAUAUGUAUAAAGCAAACAAAGCUGGUUCUCCAGUAAACAGGACUUCAAAGCAGUAUUUUUCUUUUACAUGACAUUUUCAUAACCAGAAAGAAAGCAUCCUGAAUACUAAUUAGACAGAUUUAAAAAGAGAGUACAUUUAUUUUUUUGUAUCACUACAAGUAUGUUGGAAUAUGCAAGGUUAAAAAUUAGAAUGUAUGAGGCAUAUGAUAAUUUAGUCCAUACUGAAAUAAAAAAUCUUAACUGUGCAUUGCUUGGUUCUCAGAUCUGAAUGAUCUUUCAGUUAGAAAUAUAGAUUUUCUAUUUUGUUUUAAUUUGUAAUUUUUCCCUCUCCAUCAAUCUUAGGUACACAUAACUUAUGUCAUUUAUUUAUGGUCUUUUAUACCUAGUUUGUAAAAUUGUAAAAUAGCAAACUAAAUGCAGAAGUUUGCAUUUGAAAAUAAUAAAGUAGUUGCUGUACAAAUCUCAAA